CAGCAACUUAGUCACAUCCUUAACCUUAAAAUUUGUACCUAAUCAAAAUUUUGUAAAUUAAUAUGUUUUAUAUUAUUGGUUUAGGUUUAGGCGAUUGUAAGGAUGUAACCGUAAAAGGAUUAGAAAUAAUUAAAAAAUGUGAUCGAAUUUACCUGGAACAUUACACAUCCAUUUUAACAUGUGGAAUUAGUGAGCUUGAAAGUUUCUACCAAAAGAAACUUUUAAUAGCAGAUAGAGAUCUGGUAGAACAAAGUGCCGAUACGAUCCUUCAAGGUGCAGAUAUUGAAGAUGUUGCGUUGCUUGUCGUAGGCGAUCCAUAUGGAGCCACCACACAUACUGAUCUAAUACUAAGAGCGAAAGAAAAGAAUAUACAGUUUCAAAUUAUUCACAAUGCUUCAAUUUUAAAUGCUGUUGGUUGCUGUGGGUUACAACUUUAUUCCUUUGGAGAAACCAUUUCGAUACCGUUUUGGACAGAGAAUUGGAAACCUGACAGUUUUUUUAACAAAAUUUUAUCAAAUUAUCAACGUAAUUUACACACAUUAUGUCUUCUAGACAUCAAAGUCAAGGAACCAACAUUGGAAAGUUUAACUAAGAAAAAAAAGGAAUACAUGCCACCACGUUUUAUGUCAGUUUCCGAAGCCACACAACAAAUUUUGGAAAUUAUUAAUAAGGCCGAUUCUGGUUGUGAUGUAACUGGUAAUGACAUGUGCAUUGGACUGGCUCGUGUUGGAUCAGAGAGCCAAAAAAUUGUCGCAUGUUCUAUUUCACAGAUGACUACGGUUGAUUUGGGACCACCAUUACAUUCUCUAGUAAUACCCAGCUGUGUACUUCAUCCUUUAGAAGAAGAAUACAUAAAUCAAUUUAAAUUAAACUGAAUACUAAUGUAAUUAAUAUAUAUUUAUUAUAUGGAAAUAUUUACAUAA